AUUUUACGUGGCUUUACCAGGAAAAUGUCAACAUCACCUCUCUGUCUCAUCACUGCCGUUCAUAACCACGUUUAAAAUCUUGAAAACUUACCAGUGUUUAUGAUUAAGUCUUAAUUACAAUGAAGAAAUUCAUGCCUGUUGGAAUAACGAGUUUGAUGUUGUCACAACUACUUGUGACAGUAACCAUGGGUUCAUCACAUAAAAGGCUGGGCGAAUUGGUUAAUAGUGAGAGAAAUCUGCUGGAUUCUUUGGAAGCGGAAAUAAAACAGCAGGAAUCUCACGUUCUAUUUUUGGAAAGAAGGUUGGAAGAGUUGUCAGCUUCGGCACCACCACGUCAAAUCGACAAAGAACAGUACUUGAGCAAUGCUCUCAACAAUCUUGUCCUUAUCAGACGAUUGAUUAUUGACUGGUCUACCAUCGCCAGGAUUGUGCCUGACCUUCUGACUAUUCCGUCGGAGGUACCGUGGCCAAAAGAAGAGGACAUGAGAGAUAUUGCCAGACCCCUUGCUCGUCUGCAGCGCACGUAUGGACUGAGUACUGAAGACUUGGCUCGAGGCUGGGUACAGGGCAGUCCAGCGGACGUUAAUAUCACAGGAGUGGAUUGUCUUAACGUGGCCCUUUACUACCACCAAGAAUACCAUCAUCUGUUGGCCAGUCAGUGGUUGGACCACGCUCUUGCUAAACUUGACAACAGUGUGACUUCUACCGCGGUCCUCGACCUUGCAGUGCUUUCAAGGUGCUACUUAGGUGACACUGCAGGCUCUGUGUCAGCUCUGACUGAACUCUUAACCAAUUUUCCGGAUCAUACUCCCGCUACUCACUUGGAUAAGUGGCAAAAGAUAACUUCCUCGGACUGUCCACAGCAGAAAGUUACCAGAGAGAAAUGGCGGAAACAGAUAGAGUUUUCUGAUGUGUCUGAAGAGGGUAUGGACACAUUUCACUCAUUGUGUCGUGCCGUCACCGGCAGCAGUCUGCAGGCCCAACAUGUUCUGUCCUGUCGCUACGUGCACUACAACAAGACGACUCUGAGGCUGAGACCCUUCCGUGCAGAGGAGUUACAGCUGGAUCCUCCCGUGCUCUUGUUCCAUGACUUGAUCAGUGAUGCUGAGAUUGAGGAGAUCUACAGGCUUUCCAUCCCGGAGCUGCAUAAAAGUGAGGUCCUGACAGAAGAUGGCUUCUCGUACCCGUCAAAGCGGCGAACGAGUGAGACAACAGUGAUAGAGUCUGGAGAAUCCAUCGUGAUGGACAGGGUUACUCGUAGGAUGGCCGAAGUAACGAACCUGGAUAUUUCUACUGCUGAGGAAUCUCAUAUAACCCGUUACGGCCUUGGUGGAGAAAACUUGCCCCAUGUCGACUUCUUUGAUAAUCAUACAGUACUCGCUGGAGACAGAAUUGCAACACUAAUGAUUUACUUGAGUGAGGUGCCGCUGGGAGGCCACACCGUAUUUCAAAAUUGGGGUUUGUCAGUUCCUCCACAGAAGGGAGCUGCCCUAUUUUGGCCAAACCUACAUCGUAAUGGUUCCGGGGAUUUCUCCACGGAGCACGCCGGCUGUCCUGUCAUCCAAGGGACUAAGUGGGUUCUGAACAAGUGGUUCCACGAAGUGAACAACGAUUUAACAACAUACUGUGUCGAAGACAAACAAGCCUCGUAUUCAGAAAUAACAAGUUUGAUCUUGUUACUAAUUCUUGAUACUGGAAUUCUGGGGUUUCCUCAUGGAAAUCUAAUGAAGAUGUUUGACCAAGAGCAGUUCAUGUUGAACGAUUUGCAAGGAUUCAUUAAACAGCAGGAAAUACAUGUUCAGUUUUUUGAAAGGCUGCUGAAGGAAGUGUGGGCGUCAGUAUCACACGAUGUUGACAGGGAACAAUAUGUGAGACAUCCUAUCAACAACUAUCUUCUGGUCAGGAGGUUGGUUUUUGACUGGUCUAAUAUCGCUCGGAUUGCAACCAUUUUUUCAAAACCUUACCCAAACGUAAAUUGGCCUUGUCUGGGGGAAUUGAGGACAGUUAUGAGGAACCUCUUCAGGUUGCAGCAAACCUACCAACUCAAAACGACACAUUUGGCACAAGGGCUUGUAGAUAGCGACCAGGCAGACGUUGUCGUUACAGGGUUGGAUACCUUCCUUAUGGCUGUAGCGAGCACCCAGAGCCACGAAUUCCAGCUAUCCAAAGAAUGGUUAGACAGUACACUUGCUAAAGAUGACAAUACGCUAUCUUUCGUUGAAGCACUAGAGCUGAAGAUUCUCUCGGAUUGCUUUUUAGGGGAGUCAACAGGUUCAAUAUAUGCUUUGACUCAACUUUUGGAAGAUUUUCCGGAUUUUAUACCUUCGCCUUAUCUUCUGGAGACUUGGCAGAUGAUAGCCGCAUUUGAUUGUCCAACGCAUAAACAGGCUUUUGAGAAUAUGCAGUCGCUGCAUUCAAAGACGAAUAAAAAUGAUAUGGCCAGAUUCAACACGUUGUGUCGUGUCGCUUCUGGCAGCAGCUUGCAGCCUCAACAUGUCCUGUCCUGCCGCUACGUGCACUACAACAAGACGAGACUAAGGCUGGGGCCUUUCCGUGUGGAGGAAUUGCAGCUGGACCCACCCGUGCUUAUGUUCCACGAUAUCAUCAGUGACGCUGAGAUCCGGGCGGUACAAAGGUGUGCCAGCAGGAGGACAAUGACGAUGAGUCGAGUGCAUACUGCAAGUAAGCCGGUCGUGGAUACGCACCGGUCCAGCGAGUCGACAUGUCUACGCCCUAUAGACUGCAGUACGGUGGUCCGCCUGGAGCAGAGGAUGGGCGAUAUGACUAAUCUGGACGAUACCACUGCUGAAACGAGCCAAGUGAUUAGAUAUGGCGUUGGGGGAGAAUACCUGUUUCACCUUGACGAAUAUAAUAUUUGUUCUGGAGAUUGCAGACUAGCAACACUAAUGACUUACCUGAGUGACGUGCCAAGUGGAGGCCACACCGUGUUCCGCCACUGGGGUCUCUCAGUCCGGCCACAGAAGGGAGCCGCCCUCUUCUGGUUCAACUUGCACAGAAACGGCACAGAGGAUGACUCUACUAUGCACGCCGGCUGUCCCGUCAUCCGGGGCACCAAGUGGGUUCUGAACCUGUGGUUUCACCACUACAACAGCGACUCCUCAUGCCGUAAAGACGAAGACCGAUCAUCGUAUAAAUACUUUUAUGUUUAGAUUAAAUCCUUAUAAUUAUUUGGUCGAAUAAAAAGUAACAAUUUGCUAAAAUAAA